AUGAAUACUUGCCAAACUAUUCACAGUCUCACUGCAUCCGAGAGAUCAUCAACAAGCAAAAUGGCACAAUCAACUUCAAAUAAUCGCAAUCAUAGCGGUAGAACAAAUAGAUUUCUAGAAAUUGUGAAAACUUUGGAAUUUUUCUGGUUUUCCGGUCACUUUUUGGUUACCUUGUUAUCUCCUGCUUGUUUUUUGACUGGUAAUACUUUUCUUUAUAGGUUAAUCUAUGUGGCUGUGCUAGAAUCCUUUGGUAUAAUACUGUAUCAACAUUAUUAUUUGAAGAAUAAUUCCUCUUUUAAUUUAGAUUCAAUUAAAAAAUCUUUAUUGAAUGAUGAAAACUUCUACUAUUUUAUUUUAGCCCAAAUAUGGUUAUUUAUGCCUGCUAACAAAUUGUCUAUCUUACCAUAUUUUAUUUUUUCUCUUUUCCAUGGACUAAGAUACUUACAAACUGUGUUUUUACCACAAGUUUUUCAGUUAGACCAAUCUAAUCCAUGGAUUGUUAAGAUCCAAAGUUUUGUCAAAAACUACAACGAAAGAUGCCUGUAUUGGGUAGCCUCUGUUGAAUUGGUCAUUUUAAUACAAGUUAUUUUCAAAGCCUUGCUGUGGUACGAAAGAUCAUGGAUCUGUUUGAUUAUUUAUUCUAUCUUUUUGAAGAUUAGAUAUGAAAAUUCCAAAUAUCUAACAUCUGUAUUUUCUCAAUGGAGAGUAAGAAUGGAUGGUAUAAUAAGUCAUCCAUCUAUUCCACCUACUGUGAAGAAAUUUUAUAAUACUCUAAAAUUAAACUUAAUUCAAUUAUCUAAAUAUCAAAUAACGCCAAGAAAUUCACAACAUGCUCAAUCUACCGCUUCGUCUAAUUCUAAAAAAGCAAUCUGA